UCGAAUUGUCUGAUUUAAAGUUUUAUUUUAAGCAUAGUUUAAUCCUAUCUGAUAAUUGAUUCAAGGAUUUCAUCUGUGGUGCUACCGCCAAAGACAAAAUCAUCAUUUAAUUGACACUUUGUUUUUUCGCUUGCUUAUUCUUUGAUAGGGAUUGGAAGCAGCCAUCUUUGUCUUGUUGUUUUUCUAUUCUAAAGUUGCUUUGUGAUUUAUUGAAAUUGAAUUUAAGGACUCAUUGCACUAUUACCAGUAUUGUAAUCCAAAACAUUUUAAUAGAAAUUAAAGGCAGAACCAUAUUAAUCGCCUUAAAAGUGAUAUUCAAUAGCAAUAGUAAUUAAAUCUAAACAUGCCAAAACGUGGUGGAGCACGUAUAAAAAAUUGGAAAACUGAUAAUGACCAUUUCGAACACGAUGAUCGUUCACAUAAUCCGCGACGAGUAAGCUUCAAGCCAGGUACUAACAAAGGCAAGAAUAAAUUUACCCACUGGAACAAAAAUGCUAAAUUAUUGCUUGAUGAUGAUGUUGAUAUGGGUAUGUCUGGAGGGUUGUCUGGAGGGCCUAGAAAACCAUUUAGAGGACGCGGAGGACGGCUUGGAUCUCCAGCGCCAAGACCUGGACAUGCUGGCAAGCGGUUUACGCCAGGCAUGCUACCAUGGUAUCAAAUAGUAAUUCCAUACGGAGCAAAACAUGAGAAAGAAGUUUUGUUACGUGCUUUACUCAAUCAUGUAUCGCCAGAUAUUUUCAAUCCACAUUAUUAUAGAAUUAAUGGCAAUGCUGCCAUUUUCUAUGUGGAUGAUGUUAAAUCUGCUGAGAGUUUGUUUAAAGCAGAUAAAAAGAUCUUAAUGCCAGAUGGGUUUAAACUUGUGGUGAUUGUGAGAAAUGCAGUUCCGAGUGUUAAUAUUGAUGCCAAUAUGAAGGAGAAAAUGAAGUUAGUUAUGGCUAAAAGAUACAAUCCAGCUACAAAAGCUUUGGAUAUGACAAAGUUUCAUUCCGAUCCUGAUUUAUCGGAGAUCUUCUGUGGUCUAUUUCGGCCUGUCAUAAUGCUUUCUGCAAUUGAUAUCAUAGCAGAGAACAUCCCGGACAUUGAAGCCUUGAACCUAAAUGAUAACAAACUACAUGGACUUGACCAUCUCAAGAUUAUGGCAACAAAAUUGAAGAACUUGAAGAUUUUAUAUUUAGCCGAUAAUAGGAUACCCAUUGUUGGAUCACUGGAGUCUUUAAGAAGCCUACCACUGGUGGAAUUGAUGUUAAAAGGCAACCCGUUGCAGAACAGGUUUAGUGAUCAUGAUGAUUAUGUCAGCACCGUGCGGAAGAAGUUCCCCAAGCUUGUACGGCUGGACGGUGUGGAUUUGCCGCCAGCUAUCGGUUUCGACGUAUCAGAAGAUGUAGCUCUACCAGCUCAACAACAGUCAUUCCUCAUCGAGCCGGCAGCACAGGACUUUGUUAGGCAGUUCCUAGCUCAGUAUUUUGCAGUCUAUGAUUCCGAAUCUAGACAAUCCUUAAUGGAUGCAUAUCAUGAAAAUGCAACAAUGUCUAUGACGUCGACAUACCUUACACAUGAUACAAGAAACUCUCCGGCCACUAAGUUACAACAGUAUAUGCCAAACAGUCGGAACAUCUUGAGGAUCACAGAUAGGGAGUCGAGACGUAGAUAUCUUCGUACAGGCAAGCUGCAGGUGGUCGCCUUCCUCUCCGACCUGCCGAAAACAACACAUGAUCUCAUGGGAUUCGCUGUCGACGUACUUAUUUAUACUCCUACAUUGAUAAUGGUGUCGAUGAAUGGUGUUUUCAAAGAGACGUCAACGCAGGGUAAUACUAGUCGGUCUUUCCACCGCACGUUUAUGAUAGUGCCUAAUAGCUGUGGCGGUUUCUGUAUCAUUAAUGAUAUGGUCUUCAUCACCAAUACCACUAAGGAACAGGAAGAUAAACUGUUCCAAUCCGGUGUGCCCGCCCCCGCCCCCGCCCCUGCGCCCGUGGCCGCCGCCCCCGCCCCCGCGCCCGCCCCCGCGGUCCACAACGAGCACCACAAGAUGCUGCUCGCCGCGCUCAGCCAGCAGACCGGCAUGAACGAAUACUGGAGUAUGAACUGCCUUCAAGAGACGGGUUGGGAUCUCCAAAAGGCGAUGUUUAUCUUCAAUAAACUUCAAUCUGAGGGUAAAAUACCUCAUGAAGCAUUUGUUAAGUGAAUGUGAACAGAUUCAUAUUGUUGUGUACACGUUUAGUAUAAGAGAUACGAGAUUUCAUCGUUCGUCAGAACUACGUAUUGUUGUGAACUUUAAUAAUGAAGCCCGAAGACAUCGAAUACAUUUAGAUUUAAAUCUAAUCAGAACUAAAAGAAAAAUCUCAAAACUGUAAAAUUUAAAUUGUUUGUUUUUAAUGUUCUUUCAAUGUAAAUUAAAAGCAACAUUUUAUAGCUCCGCAAAAUGCAAUAUGACGUUUAAAUACUUGAAAAUUUUCACGAUGCUCUAAAAUGUUGCUUUUAACAAUUUUGUUAAAAAUAUCAGAUUUAAAGUUAACUCUUGAUGUUGUAUUAUAAAACGAUUCAUAUUUCUGUAAUUGACUACAAUGUCAUAAACAAAAAAAAAUUAAUGCAACAUUUUAUUACUUUUGAGAGUUGGAAAAUGCUUUUUAAUAAUUGAAAAUUGUAAAAAUGUUGCAUUUAAACAUUAUUGAUAAACUUAAUAUCGAAUUUAACUGUUUAUGUUAAUUGUAACAAACUUUCCCUAUAACUGUGUUAUCUUAGUGAUAAUUAGUUAUUUUCAAAUUUAAUUACUAUAUAGUCAUAUUUUUCAAUUAUU